AUGCGGCGAUGUGACCCGUUCUAUCUUUCCGAUGAGACGGCAGAUGUCCUGGGCAACAACUCCUCCUGCGGGUACCCUGGGCUGGACAUCGACUGUGUGGACGACAAGUAUCCCAUCCUGCAACUCGGCGGCGGCCCAGACUACUCGUACAACGUGACGGGCAUCGACUACACCAACUCCACCAUCUCCCUCGCCGAUCCCGAUGUCCUCGACGGCGAUGAGAGCUGCCCGGUCGACCACAAUGUCACCGUGCCGCCCGCCGUGUGGCUCAACUUAUUGCCAGAGUCUGGUUACCUCCUCUUCUUCGCCAACUGCUCCAUCUCCACUAUCCCUGGGCAGCCUUACAUCAACCCGAUCACAUGUCCAAGUUCUUUGGAUGGUUAUUAUUCUUUUGUGAUUCCUUCGGAUUCGGAGGUGCCCCAACAAACUUUGUCACGGGAGUGCAAGCAAGUUAUCCAAGUGCCGGUGCUUCAGAACGCCUCCCUGACGAUCGAUUCGCAAUGGAGCACCAACGGGUACCGCAACGCUCUUAAACAGGGUUUUCAGUUGGGAUGGAACUCGAGUAGGAAGUCCGACCUGUGCACCAACUGCGAGGGAUCCAAUGGACGUGGUGCCUACAACAGAUAUGGGGAAUUCGUGGCUUGCUUGUGUACCAACGGCCAAGUGAGCAACCAUGAAUGCACCAAAGGAUCAAAAGGGAAAACAGCAAUUAUUGUUGGUAUUGUUGCAGGCACAUUAUUCCUAUGUCUAGGAAUUCUCAUAUUCUUCUCGGCUCGUAAAUAUGCUUGGCUACCCCUCAAAUCGAAGGACGAACCAAGGAUUGAGUCCUUUCUACAAAAGAACGGAAAUAUACAUCCGAAAAGAUACACUUAUGCAAAUGUUAAAAGAAUGACGAAAUCCUUUGCUGUGAAGCUAGGCCAAGGUGGAUUUGGUGCUGUAUACAGAGGCAACCUCCAUGAUGGCCGCCAGGUAGCAGUUAAGAUGCUAAAGGACACCAAAGGUGACGGUGAGGAAUUUAUGAACGAGGUGGCUAGUAUUAGCAGAACUUCUCAUAUCAACGUUGUGACACUUUUUGGAUUUUGCUUGCAAGGGUCUAAAAGGGCACUUAUUUACGAGUACAUGCCAAAUGGUUCGCUUGAAAGGUACGCCUUCAAUAGAAACAUGAAUAGUGAAAAUUUACUAAGUUGGGAGAAAUUAUUUGAUAUAGCAAUUGGCACGGCUAGAGGACUUGAAUAUCUCCACCGAGGAUGCAAUACUCGAAUCGUGCAUUUUGACAUCAAACCACACAACAUUCUAUUGGAUCAGGAUUUCUGCCCUAAGAUAUCUGACUUUGGAUUGGCCAAGCUAUGCCUGAAUAAAGAGAGUGCCAUCUCUAUUGCUGGUGCAAGAGGGACAAUAGGUUAUAUCGCCCCAGAGGUCUACUCAAAGCAAUUCGGACUGGUCAGUAGCAAGUCUGAUGUCUAUAGUUAUGGAAUGAUGGUCCUUGAGAUGGUUGGAGCAAGGGACAAGAAUACAAGUGAAAAUAGUGAAUCUAGUAGCCAAUAUUUCCCUCAGUGGAUUUAUGAACAUUUGGACGACUACUGUAUCAGUGCUUCUGAGAUUGAUGGUGAGACCACAGAGCUCGUGAGAAAGAUGAUAGUUGUAGAUCAGAAUCGCGACGCCCAAUUCCUGAAAAUACUUGAACUGAGGACUAGAGAUGAUCGCUGCCCUGCAGUCAGCCACAACGUCAGCUUCGAUGAGUUGUGGCUGUACAACAGCAGCGCCUUCCACAACCUCACCUUCUUCUUCGGCUGCCACCUAGGCGAUUCCAUGACGCUUGAGUUUGACGCAUACAAAAUCAAAUGCGCGGAUUUCAAGAGUCCGCCAGAUGCUGGCCCAGGAGACUCCUUCGUGGUCAUGACUGAUGAGCAUGACAGGUAUCCGGAGCAAGAAUUGGCGAUGAACUGCAACAUGAUUGUCACCGUGCCAGUGAACCACGGUGUUCUGAUGGCAGCAAGUAACCAGCAAGACUUCAGAAGCGGCGGGUAUGGAGACGUGCUCAAGCGUGGGUUCGAGUUGGAAUGGGAACGUGUCACAGCGGAUGGGUGUCACCUGUGCGAGGAGUCGAACGGGCACUGCGCCUAUAGCCAGCACAGUGAAUUCCUGGGCUGCUUGUGCCACGGAGGGAAGGCGGGCAGCCCGGACUGCGAACACAUCGUCCCUGCGACUGCGAGCACCGCAACUGCAUCACGUACCCGUUCUCAGUGGCGCUGCCCGUUCUAUCUUUCCGAUGAGACGGCAGAUGUCCUGGGCAACGCCAACUCCUCCUGCGGCUACCCUGGGCUGGCCAUCGACUGUGUGGACGACGAGUAUCCCAUCCUGCAACUCGGCAGCGGCCCAGACUACUACUACAACGUGACGGGCGUCAAGCCGUCAACUACUCCAACUCCACCAUCUCCCUCGCCGACCCCGAUGUCCUCGUCUCCUCGAUGA